CUACUGCAAUUGCACUGAUGACGUGAACUAUCAAGAAGGAGACAUCGCUUUUAUGUUAACUCAUACAUGUUGUAUUAAUUUAAUAAUAAAAGAAGUAUGAGUGCAAUUUUAAAAAUGUAAAAACACCGAUGCCACUUUGUGAAAUAUUCCUAGACGAAUAGAAGUCGAGUUGCACGUCGCGUACUGCAACACUGUCGCCGUUCACCAAUCGAGGGGCCUCCUUAGAAUUUGAAUUUAAUGACGUAAGCGAAAACCAGUAAAAUGGUACGAAUCGAACAGUUCGGUAGAUUCAGAAUCGCAAAGUGUCAGUCGUACAGUUCGACAAGUUCAUUGACGAAUACAAACGUUUCCUUCGAAGCCUCUAAUGAUAACGUUUAAUGUAAUUUGCAUCGCACGUUCACCGACACUCGGAAAGCUGAUUCGUUACGUAUCGUUGUUCGAGUAACUUUCGAAACUGUACUACGUACAACGAUGCUUUCAAGCAACAUAAACAGAGUCCGAACAAUUGGAAUCGUUUCAGUUCGUUCGAUCCCUGAAAAACUCCGAUAAGUUUUAAGUACACAGGAGACUUCGAAGUUUCUGAAUAUGUUUAGUAACGGUUAUCGUUUGAAUUCUAACAUUAUCCUAAAGUGACAUUACAUAUCGCACUGUACAUGGGUACGCAUGUGGCACAUGUUUACCUUUUUCUGUUGUUGCAUCUGCGAUCAGUGCGAUUGAAUCAGAUUUGGCAAUAAUGUCAGAUCUGUCAGGGAGCAGCAGGUCGAUGUUAACCAACAAUUCGCACGCCAGUUCACGUCCAAAGUUUCAACCGUUACGCGUGAAAGAACUGUUGGAUUUUUGUGAGAGCGAUGACGACGAGAGCGAAGAUAAAACACAAGGUUCUGACAGUGAAUCGGAUUCCGAUGAUCCUCAACCGCUGCCACAAGACGACGACGUUCGAGCUCGAGGGAACGACAACGGUAGAGAACAAACUGUUGAGUUAGCAGGAAUCUGUCGAGCUGGACGUACGAUCGUCUCUCCGGACCAUGGACAGCCUGUGUGUGUCAAUGAAAUGUGUAAACCGGGGAGUGGUGAGUUUUUCGAACAGAGCGAGAGACACACGAGCUGCGAACAAUCUGUUCAGGUGCAAUCGGAUAUUGAGAAUCGUACGCAGGAGAAGAUUUUUCAGCUAGAACAGAGGAGUAGACACGCCGACGAUGUUAGAAGGCAAUCGAGUCACGAUCAAAUGUAUAAUAAUCAAGUUCAAUCCGUAGAUCAAACCUUUUAUAGAAAGAGCAGCAGCAACGAGCCUGUCGCCUCUGCGCCGUCCGGAGUAUGUCGCUUCCAAAAUGCGAACUUGAAGAGAGAAGCAUCAGAGUCGAAGGAGAACGAGGAGAAAGCACAUGAGACCGUGUCUUCUACUAAAUUUGAUGCAGGGACAUUUGUAAAUCAUGCCAGUCAAUGGACAUUACAAACUCCUAUGAAAUUUGCUCCGGUGAACCCUGUACAUCCGGAUCCUUGUUUCUCUCGCAGGAAUAUUGAACAGACGCCACGAAACAGAUCAUCGGAUAUACCUAAAAACCAUGGGUUGACUCCAUCUACAAUUUUGUCUAAUUGGACUCAAGGCGAUUCAAAACAAACUCCGCUGCAGACUAGGAGUAUUAACUUUAAGGAUUCGAUGCAAACUCCAAAAAAUUGUAGUUAUUUUACACCGACCGUAAUGAGAACUGAGAAACCGAUGUACUUGAGUACAGAAGUCAGGAAGCCUUUGGCAGACGCGGGAUGUUUCACACAAAACAGUGUUCCUAAUAGGCAUUUAUUCCAAGGAUCUCAGAUUUCGAACCGAGUUACAAUGAAAAACGAAGUUACAUCGAAAGAUGAAAGUAAGACGUGUAAAAACAUAAUUAAAACAAGUUUGUCCAGGCAAAUGCCAGAAACGUUGGAAAACGUGCACCUAGAGUCAGAUGUCAAUGAUAGAUUAAAAGAAAAUAAACAUUCGAAUGUAGAGGGUACGAUGGUAGAUAAGAAAACGGUGAGAAACGCGUCCAACAGUCGAUCCGUUGCUCAUUCCAUCGAAGAGAGCAGGGAAGCGUCGAUGUCAGUGCACGAUCGUCCGCAAAGUCAACGUCCGGAAGCUAGUAAUCAAAGUCAGCAGGAAGAAUUACAGAAGAUUGUAAACAAUGUGCCGCAUGUACAAUUUUCAACGCCGUCAAACAUACCCAAAUCGAGGCAGAGUAAAACCCUUUUUGUGAAAGGGAAAGAGUACUUGAUUUUAGGUACGCUUGGCCAGGGCAUGAGCGGCGAGGUUUUAAGAGUUCAAGACUUGUCUUCGCUCGAAUUAUGCGCCAUCAAAUGUGUCAAUCUGAGUCGUAUAGACAAGGAGUCGGCGCAAGGUUGCUUAGAAGAAAUUUCCAUGUUACAUAAAUUACAAGCACCGUGUGUCGUCAAAAUGUUUGAUUACGAGAUCAAUUAUCCUAUGGUCUACGUAGUAAUGGAAAUGGGAGACACCGAUCUCAGUCGUCUUUUGAGAACGAUGUUGCAAGAGAAGCAAAUUCCUCUUACAAUGAUACUGUAUUAUUGGACAGAAAUGUUAACAGCUGUUAAGCACAUACACGAUAACGGAGUAAUUCAUUCAGACCUGAAACCUGCUAAUUUCUUGUUAGUACGAGGACGACUGAAACUUAUAGAUUUUGGUAUUGCUUCUAGUAUGAACGCCGAUAUGACGUCCGUCGUGAAAAACUGUCCGAUUGGGACUUUAAAUUAUAUUAGCCCAGAAGCUCUGAUGGACACCGGCGGGGGUGCUGAUUCUCCCACGCAGGACGUCAAAUACAAAAUAAGUUUCAAGUCGGACGUGUGGUCGUUAGGAUGUAUUCUGUACAGUUUGGUAUACGGCCGCACCCCGUUUCAUCAUAUUCGUUCGCAAUGGGCCAAAGUGAACGCGAUAACUAACCCGAAAUUGAACAUUUCUUUCCCUACGACUUUGCCCUCGGGGAACGGUAACAAAGUCAUCCCCUCGCCACCGAUUUUAAUCGACGUGAUGCGUAAGUGCCUUCAGCAUGACCCAAAAGCGCGGCCGACGGUGGCCGAGCUUUUGCAAGUAGAGUACAUUCCUACUACGCAGGAGCACAUCUCGAGACCUCCUGAGAUACCAGCGAAUAUUUUGAUAAAAAUAAAGAAUGUACUGAAUGAUGAGGAAUGGCGACAAUUAACACGGAUUUUGGAGAGUCGAUAGAUGAUACUGACGAAACUAUUCGAAUUAAGUACCGCUAAUUACGUACAUAGGUUUUGUUUUAUACAUAACAACUGGCAAUAAUACAUAGGACGCUUAUUUUAUUGUAUCAUAGUGAAGUAUGCGAUUAUUUCUAUACUGGUUGAAAUGAAAAUUGUACCAUGGUAUUUUUCUAGAGCCCAGUUCAUGUACGCACAUUGAGUAAAACUGCCCGCAUCGUAAAUGAAACACGGGCGAUCUAUUAAA